UUCAUUAGUAUUUCAAAAUUCAAAGCUAUCGGUCUUUUAAAAUUCAAAGCUAUCGGUUUAUCUCUUAACACGCUAGUUAAACAUAUUGUGUGAAAAUAAUAAUCAAAUAAAAUAAAAUGAUUUUUACUAUAUUAUGUGUUAUUUUGGCGAUAGUUUUUCUACUUUAUGUAUUUUUAAUAUGGAAUUUUAAUUAUUGGUCGAAACGUGGUGUUAACGGUCCAAAACCUUUACCAUUUGUGGGUAAUUUUCCCAGUGUUUUUACACGUAAAAAUCAUGUUGCUAUCGAUGUUAAAAACAUUUACGAAUCCUAUAAAAAUACAGAUUAUUUUAUUGGGGUCUUUAAUAGCCGCUGCCCUCAAUUGAUGAUUCUUAAUCCCGAAAUGAUAAGACGAGUCUAUGUGACAGAUUUUAAACAUUUUCAUGAUAAUGAAGUUUCAACAUUUAUUGAUGAAAAAUCAGAUAAAAUUUUCUCCAACAAUCCAUUCGUUUUAAGUGGCGAACAAUGGAAGGAAAGAAGAGCUGAAGUAACUCCCGGACUAACACAUAAUAGGAUUAAAACCGUAUUUCCCGUUACUAAUAAAGUCUGCAAAACUAUGGUGGAUUAUAUAGCUAAACAAAGCAAAAUCGGUGAUGGUAUUGAGGCCAAAGAUUUAAGUUUACGUUAUACCUGCGAAGUGGUUACCGAUUGUGUUUUGGGUCUUCAAGCUAAUACUUUUAGCGAUGAUCCUACACCUAUUUUUGAUAAUACCAAAAAGUUGUUCGAUCAAUCGUUUGUUUUAAUUCUUUAUAUGACUUUAGUGGGUUUAAUACCUUCUCUAGCUAAAAUUAAGAAAUUACGUUUUGUACCCAAACCUAUAGAAAACUUUUUCAUUUGUUUAAUGGAAAGCUCUUUGAGUUUGAGAAAAUCUCAGCAUGAGCAGGGUGUUAAUGAAGAUCGUGUUGAUUUCAUAAAUUACAUGUUACAUUUACAAGAAAAAAAGGCAUUAUCAUUGCCCGAAUUAACAAGUCAUACUAUGACAUUUUUACUAGAUGGUUUCGAUACGACGGCUAAUGCCUUAUCCCAUUGUUUAUUAUUGCUUGCUCGUUAUCCUGAGAAACAGGAAAAGUUACGUGAAGAAAUUUUGCAAAAUUUAGGCCAAAAGAAUAAUGAUUAUGAAACUAUUUUGGGUUUGGAAUAUUUAGAUGCUUGUAUACAUGAAACCAUACGCAUGUUUCCUCCCGGUUCUCAUUCGUCAAAAUUGUGUACUCAGCCUAUUGAUUUGGUGAAUAAAGAUGGCCGCACUCUACAUGUUCCGGUGGGCACUCGAGUCAUUUUGCCCAUAUAUGCUGUGAUGAAUGAUGAAGAUUAUUAUAAAAAUGCUGAUUCCUUCGAACCCGAACGUUUAGUUGAUGGUGGUUUAAAAACCCUAAAGGAUAAAGGUCUCUUUUUUGGUUUCGGUGAUGGUCCAAGAGCUUGUUUGGGCAUGCGUUUUGCUUUAACCCAAAUCAAAGGAGCUUUAGUGGCAAUUUUACGCAACUAUAAAAUUUCCGUCAAUCCUAAGACCCUUAAAGACAAUAAAUUAAAUCCUACAUAUUUUGCUUUGGUAUUAGAUGGUGGGAUGUGGUUAGAUUUUGAAAAGAUCAUUUAAACUUAGUUAUAAAUAAUAUUUAAACUUUCUAUAUAAUAAUGCAAUAUUUUAAUAAUGGUGGUUUGUAAAAAAAUUAACAUUAUCUGUUUAUAUUCAGUUAUUGUUCAUCAUAAUAAAUAUUAUAAUUUUUUAUUAUUGUACAAUUUA